AUGAAACCAGCUCGUCGUGUUGUUGGUAAACCAGAGCCACUUUAUUUCAAUAAGAUACACGGGAAACGUAUUAUUUUAUCAGACAAUAAUAAAAAGGCCACAAGAUUAGACGGUUUUGCCGAUUCUAUUGUAUUUAGUUCUCGAACAAUUCGUACAUAUGAACGUGUUUAUAUUCGUCAUCAUUUUAAACAAGUUGAUUGGAUUGGCUCUUUACGGAUUGGAUUCACUGAACAUAAUCCAGAGACAAGCUUUACUUUGGAAAAUUUACCAAAUUUAGCAUUUAAAAAUCUUACAGAACAGACUGGCUACUGGCUAAGAGCUGUAUCAGAAGAUCUAUUAAAAACAAAUCAAAUACUCUAUUUUUAUUAUUCGUUUGAUGGUAGUGUAAAUGUUGGCAUAUAUGGACAAGAAGCACAAUCCCUACUGACAAUGAAUGAUAGUCAAGGACCAUACUUUUUUAUGAUGGAAGUCUAUGGUAAAACAGAUAUAGUCGAGAUUGUUGAUGAUGUGGGAGGAGGUGGUGAUGCAUCGUCUAUUUAUCGAUCAACAGUUGAAUUAAUAAAUUCAAAAAUUAAUGAUAGAGAAUUGUGGGAUUUACAAUAUUUUUCUUAUUUAUUCACGACAAACUCACCACAAUCCAAUUUAACAUUUUUUCCAAAUAUUCCAAAUAUUAUAUUAACAAAUUCAAAUAAAACUGUUUGUGUUAACAAUCUAAAGAAAACGUCAGCAUAUGCAUUUAUUCAAACUCAAAUGAAAAUUGGAGAUGUUCUCAUAUGUAAAAUAAUGGAUUGUGAUUCAAAUAUUUCUGCGACUUUAUUAUUUGGUUUAACAACAUGUAAUCCCACUUUAUUACAAAAUAAACAGUUACCAGAUGAAACACCAUCAUUAAUCAAUCAAUAUUCAUCUUAUAAAUGGUGUAUUGAAUUUGAUUUAGAUACGACGAUAAAUAUGUAUGACGAAUUAGCAUUUUACUAUGAUCAAAAUGGUUGUACUUAUUUAUCAAAAAAUAAUCAACAACCUAUACGUUUAUCAUUAAAACUUGAUAAUAAAACAUUGAAUAGCGAUAUAUAUUACCCAUUUUUCGAUUUAUAUGGUCAAGUAACAGCUAUUUGUUUGUAUAGUAUAUCAAAUGUUAAUAAUUUAAAAUUAACAUCAUCACUCAUACUAUCACCAACAAUAAAAUUAUUAUGUAGUAUCUGUUAUGAAAGACUAGCAAAUGCAGUUCUUAUUCCUUGUGGUUGUCGUCUUUGUUAUACGUGUGGAAUGAUGGUUAAAAAGCCUACGCUCAUAUCAGAUUGUCCAUUUGAUAGAAAAUCGAUUAGCGACGUACGAAAAAUAUAA